AUGCUGGAAAUGAAAGUCAUCCUUACCGAGUUGCAGCACCGUCUGCUUCUAGAACGCUCGGAGGCGGUGGUGGAGCUGAUCAAGGUCAGCACCGGCGCGACGAUGGAGAUCCUACGACCGAUCCCGAAUGCGAUUAUCACCGCCGAGAAGGAGAUGGGCCUCAUCGCCGCCGAAAUCGAGCUCAAAUGCAUCCUCAGCUGUUUAAUCAAACGCGUCGGGUUGACGCCGCGCCCGCGCAAACCCGUCUUCUCCGCCGUCGAGACGUUUCUCCGGGCGAAUCAGACGAUCCUCGCGCCCGGGCAGCCCGAGGGGGCCGAGGCGGUGGCCCCCGACGCGCGAACCCUCGCGAACCCCAACCCGAUCCACCCCAUUUCGAAUAUCCCCCGCGAGGACGUGGGGCCGCACGUUCGUCCGGGCUCCCUUUCGAUCCCGCGCGGCGUGAUUCAACACCCCUCCGUGCAGCGCUCGCGAUCGACGUCGGAGCGGACGGGGGGGUCGCCGCCGCCGCCGCCGUCGUCGGGGGUGGUGAUUCGGAUGCCGCCGGAGUUGCAGCGGCGGCUUUUCGGCGCACGAUCGCCCCCGGCGCGGGUGGAGGCCGCUUCGUAA